GGACCGGUGCCAUCAUCUCCUCCAGCCCCCAUGUCCCCAGUGGGAGCAGGUGACAAUGAAGGCAGCAGGGUGGGGGAAUGGGAAGGGUUGAAACUUUCUUGGCCAGAGCCCAAACCCCUUUCCUGUGGGUCUGGGCCCCAGGAGCAGCAGCCCCGUGCACGGGGGCUCCUGUGGGGCCACGCUGGGCGGCGGGUCCCCCCUGGGGACAGCGUUUCCUGCGCGAGGAAGUGGGCUGAGGCCGGCCGGGACCGCGGCUUCCCGCUGCAGCGCUGCCAGAGCCUCUGCUCCGGGUGCCUGGUCCUGCUGCGGUCCCUGGAACUGGGCAGCUCUUGAAAUGAAGUGGCUUUGGGUGCUGGCUCUUGUGGCACCCACCUGCACCAUGCCCUACAACGGCACAACGGGCAGCACUGAGGAUGGGGACAGAGGGCGCUGCUCGGUGCAGUACAGCACGCUGGGCUCCGAGGUGCUGCUGCCGUGCCCGGCCGCAGCAGGGGACACGGCUGAGUGGCGCCGGGGGGACACUGUCCUGGGAACACAUCCUGCACCGGGGCUGGUGCUGCACAACGCCAGCCUGGCCCACGAGGGCCACUACAGCUGCCACCACCCCGGCACCGGCGAGACCUGGGCCAACGUGUGCCUGCGGCUGGGCUACCCCCCUGCUCCGCCUGCCCUCCAGUGCUGGGCCAUCAGCUACCCGCAGGCAGUGAACUGCUCCUGGGUCCUGGCCCCUGAGCCACUGCUUGACACCGACUUCGUGGCCACGUACAGGCACGGCACCGAGGGGGACACAGAGAUGGGCGAGUGUGUCCGCACAGGGCCGCGGAGCUGCUCCUUUGGGAACGUGCAGGUUUUCUCCCUCAUCCCCUAUGUGGUGAACGUGACGGUCGUGAACCCCCUGGGUGCUGCCUUCACCAGCCUGCCCUUCCUCCUGGAGAACAUCAUAAAGCCAGAUCCCCCCGAGGACCUGCGGGUCUCACCCAUCCCUGGGGAGACCAAGAAGCUGCUGCUGGAGUGGAGCCCACCAGGGUCCUGGCCCUUCCUGGAGUACUUCCCACUGAAGUAUCACAUCCGCUAUGCGCAGGAGGACGGCUCUGCCCCCAGCACGGUCGGUCCCUAUGAGCAGACAUCCCACACGCUGUCGGGCCUGCGCCCCGGUGCCCUGCUCCGUGUCCAAGUGGCUGCCAAGGACUUCACCGACUCCGGGGAGCUCAGUGCCUGGAGCGCGUCUGCCUCGGGGAUGCCCUGGAUGGAACCGUGACAGGCAGGACAGGGCCAGCAUCCCCGUCCCCAUCCCUUGUCCCACCAGGGACCCCACGCCGUGCUCUGUCCCCAUGUCCCCAGCAGCGUGGAGCCACCAGUUUGGGGGUUCCUGCUUUAUUUGAUGUUUUAUUUGUCUCAGUUUCCCUCAGGUCCAAAGGAAGCACAAAGUGUGGUUGUUACUAACAGCGUCUCAGCCCUGGCCUGCAAGUACCAGAAACUGAACAAUAACAUCUGUAAAACUGAAGGGACGUGCCAGAACCAGGCAAUAAAACACACCUGAAGCUCUGA